AUGAAGGAUCAGCGACCUGACGUGGAGGCGGGCCCGUCGUCUGAUUUGCUGUACCCAGGAAUCACGCGGUCCGAGAAUGAGAUGCGAUGGGGGUUCAUUCGGAAGGUCUACGGCAUCAUUGGAGCACAACUCCUGCUCACCGCCGCCGUCGGAUCGUGCUUCGCUCUCAUUCCAACCGUCCGCGACUUCGGCCUGACCAAUGGAUACUUCAUGUUCUUCGCCACCAUCCUACCCUUCGCCAAGCCCUUUCUUCGCCUUCCAUUGUCCUCACUCACACCGCUCUUCCCCCUUUCUCCUCUUCCCCUCUUCCCUCUUCCCCUCUUCCUCCCUUCCCCCUUCCCCUCUUCCCCUCUAUUCCCCUUCCCCUCUUUCCCGUCUUUCCUUCCUCCCCUUUUCCCCUCUUCCCGCACCCUCUCUCCCACCCCACUUUCUCCCCUCCUCGUCUUUCUUCCCCCCGUGUGUCUGACCGGGCAGACGGCGUCUAUGAGCAUGACUGUGGGUCUCAUCUGCAGCAUGUACAGCGGCCCCAUAGUGGCCGAGGCUCUCGGCCUUACGGCUUCAGUGGUGCUGGGGCUCACAGCGUACACCUACUAUGCUGUCAAGAAGGGGCAGGAGUUCAGCGGCAGCUUUUUCAUUUCUUCUCUCAGUCUCGCAUCUCUCUGCACCCCUCCCACUCGUCGUUCACUCGUCCGCCCCUGUUCCAGCUACCUGGGUCCCAUGCUCUACGUCAGCCUCUGGCUGCUUCUUGGCUGGUCCUUCAUUCAAAUCUUCUGGGGCCUCGGCAGCGAGUUUGCUCUGGCUCUGGUGGGUGCUCUCAUCUUCGCCCUCUUCAUUGUGUACGACACCGACCUCAUCAUCAGGCGGUACUCAUACGACGAGUAUGUGAUGGCAAGCCUCAACAUUUAUCUUGACAUCAUCAACCUCUUCAUUCGCAUGCUUGAGAUACUACAGUAUCUGCAGGGUAAGGCUCCUGCUGCUUGUCCUAGAAUUUGA